GCAGUCUUCUGUUUAUUUUACGUGAGCUGUCAAGUUUGGGAGUGUUUCUUUUUUUGUUUGCUGAUUUUACUGGAAAAUUUGCGUUUUCCUGCAUUGAAAAUCGCUUCGAGACAUGCCAGAGAAAACAAAGCAUCCCGCAGAUUCCCGGAGGGAUGAUGGGCAUGAGCUGGAGACGCAGCUAAUUCUGAGAGUGCCAGAAGAGCCUGCUAAGGCCCUCCGGGAAGCCAUACAGUCAGGAGCCAACAAUCUCAAGGAUCGCCUGAACAUCCGGCUGGAGAAUGACAUCCGCUACGGCGAGGUCUGCUUCGACAAUUGGUACAUGUACGCUAAAGUUGUGGAUUUGCCCACAAUCAUUGAAUCCCUCAAGACCAUCGACAACAAGAGUUUCUACAAGACGGCUGACAUCUGCCAGAUGAUGAUAUGCAAAUUUGAGCCUGAACUUCCGACUCCCGUCGAAGAGGAAUCCCCGAAUAAGAACAAGAAGAAGGAUCCAAACAAGGUGGACAAGAAGUUCCUCUGGCCUCAUGGAGUUACUCCACCAUGCAAGAACAUCCGGAAGCGACGGUUCCGGAAGACGCUGAAGAAGAAGUACGUGGAGGCUCCGGAGAUUGAGAAGGAAGUCAAGAGACUCCUCAGGGUUGACAAUGAAGCUGUGAGUGUCAAAUGGGAAAUCAUUGACGAAGAGGAAGAACGAAAGCCCGGUGACAAGGCAUCCGGGAGCAAGCCAGGAAGUUCCAGGGAGAACAAAACCAAGGCUGGACAGAAGCCUGGGAGAGACGCUGAAGGCAUCAGUGGAUCUCAGAGUUUGGAUGUUGGAGAACAUGACAUCUUCGGCGGGGAAGUGUCAUCCUCUGACGACGAGGACAAUAACAUCAAUGUCCUGGACUUGGAUGAAACCAGUCGCCUCUCAGCCGAUGACAGUAGACUCUCAGACUCCAAUUCCAUGCACCUGGAGGAUCUCAGUCGAGGUGAAUUCCACAGCCCUCGGAAAGGUUCCGGGAAUGGAAUGCUGGAUCAAGCUGGCCCCUCAAGAGCACCUGGCCAGCGUCGGGACUUCUACGGUGAUCCCCACGAUUCCGACAACGAAGGAGACUACCGCGAAAACAGCCACGCCCGGAUCAGUGAACUUCGUCAGCAACUGGAUGAACUUCGUCUCCAGCGGAUGCAGAAGGAGCAGGAGAUUUCUUCGAUUGAGAAUCAGACACUCCGUCAGAGGAUGCAAGACACCCUGGACAGCGUGGUCAGGCAGAUCAGCAGCAAGGAGAUGGAAUUGCAGGAACUGGAGGGGAUUGGUCUGCCUUGAAAUCCUUCUGAACUUUACAAAUUUCCUCAAUAAAGAUUUUGGUGAUUAAAAAAAA